AUGUCCGCAACGCUCAAACCUUAUUUGACGGCAGUUCGUCACACGCUUACUGCCGCCAUGUGCCUAGACAAUUUCUCUUCACAAGUGGUCGAAAGGCACAACAAACCGGAAGUUGAGGUUAGGUGUUCCAAAGAACUUUUGUUAACUCCGGUGGUGAUAUCCAGGAACGAGAAGGAAAAGGUGCUGAUAGAGUCCUCGGUGAACUCCAUAAGAAUCAGCAUAGCAGUGAAGCAAGCUGACGAAAUCGAGAAAAUCCUGUGUAAAAAGUUCAUGAGAUUCAUGAUGAUGAGAGCAGAAAACUUUAUAGUGUUAAGGAGGAAACCAAUGGAAGGAUAUGACAUUAGUUUUUUGAUAACGAACUUCCACACUGAGCAGAUGUACAAGCAUAAGCUGGUGGACUUUGUGAUACACUUCAUGGAAGAGAUUGACAAGGAAAUUUCAGAAAUGAAACUUGCUGUUAAUGCUAGAGCUAGGAUUGUGUCUGAAGAGUUUUUGAAACGUUUUUAA